AUGUCUGCCGCCUCUUCGCUGCAAUCGAGAGCUGCCGGCGGCACCAAACCGGAUAUUGACGCCGCAAACGAAGCCUUGAACCCGAUGGACGAGGACCUUAAGGUCUCUAGCAGCGUUGGCGCGCUUAAAGUCACUAGGCAGGUGCCAUCUCGUCAAGCCAUGGCGAAAAUGCUGCAAGAGCGGUUGUUUUACAUCCCGUCCUUCAAAAUCUACGACGGCGCUGCGGAAACCGCUGGGCUUUUCGACUACGGGCCUCCCGGCGUCAAGUUGAAGAACAACGUUCUUGCAUUUUGGCGUCAGCAUUUUGUUCUUGGGGAGAACAUGUUAGAAGUCGAGUGCCCGUCUGUCACGCCCGAGAUCGUUCUGAAAGCGUCGGGGCACGUAGACAGAUUCACUGACCUUAUGGUUAAGGACGAGAAGAACGGGAACUGCUACCGCGUAGACCACUUGCUGAAGGAUUUCUGCACCGAGAAGCUUCAGAAGGAUCUCAACAUCGCCGAAGAGAAGGCGAAGGAACUCAAACAUGUACUCGCUCUGUUAGAUGACCUCUCAGCUGAAGAACUAGGUGCAAAGAUCAAAGAGUAUGGGAUUACAGCCCCUGACACGAGCAAUCCUCUGUCUGAUCCCUAUCCAUUUAACUUAAUGUUCCAAACGUCAAUUGGUCCGUCUGGCUCGAGCACUGCGUACAUGAGACCGGAAACUGCACAAGGCAUAUUUGUGAACUUCAACUAUUUGUACUACUACAAUGGCAACAAGCUACCUUUUGCUGCGGCUCAAAUCGGCCAAGCCUUUCGAAAUGAGAUUGCUCCUCGCCAAGGGCUUUUAAGAGUCCGUGAGUUCACACUCGCGGAGAUUGAACACUUUGUAGAUCCUGAAGACAAAACUCACCCGAAGUUUAAUGAGGUCGCGGAGUUGGAGUUCCAAAUGUUUCCGAGGGAAGAACAGGUAUCUGGCCAGUCUGCAAGGAUAAUCCGCUUGGGUGAAGCAGUUGCAAAGGGCAUAGUCGACAAUCAGACUUUAGCCUAUUUCAUCGGCCGAGUCUACCUCUUCCUCACACGGUUGGGUAUAGACGAGGAGCGUCUAAGGUUCCGCCAGCACCUGCCGAAUGAAAUGGCGCACUACGCUGCUGACUGCUGGGAUGCUGAGAUCGAGACUUCAUACGGGUGGAUUGAGUGCGUCGGGAUAGCAGAUAGAUCUGCAUAUGAUCUUCAAGCUCAUUCAGUAAAAAGUAAUAAAGAUCUUAUGGCUCAUGAAAAAUUUUCAGAACCAAGAGAAGUGGAGGAACUGGUUAUAUCUCCGGUGGUUAAAGAGACCGGCCUUGCUUUCAAGGCGGACGGAAAGAAUGUAGUUGAAGCACUGAAGGCCAUGAAUGAAAAAGAAGCUUUGGAGAUGAAAGCGGAUUUAGAGGCGAAGGGCGAGGUGGAGUUUUAUGUCUGCACACUAGGGAAAAAUGUAUCAAUAAAGCAGAAUAUGGUGACGAUUUCAUACAAGAAAAGGAAAGAACACCAGAGAAGAUUCACACCCUCAGUGAUCGAACCUUCGUUUGGUAUCGGGCGGAUCAUCUACUGCCUCUUCGAGCAUUCAUACUACACCAGACAAAGUCAAGCUGGGGAUGAACAGUCGAACAACUUGAACGUGCUCCGUUUCCCUCCUCUCAUGGCGCCCUUUAAGUGCACGGUUUUCCCGCUGGUUCAGAACAAGGAGUAUGAGGAGGUUGCUAAAGGCAUUUCCAAGUCACUGACCGCAGCUGGCAUAUCACAUAAAAUCGACAUUACAGGCACCUCUAUCGGGAAAAAGUAUGCACGGACUGACGAGCUUGGUGCGCCCUUCGCGAUCACGGUGGAUUCUACAACGUCAGUGACAAUUCGGGAGAGAGACAGCAAGGAUCAGGUUCGUGUAAAUUUGAAAGAGGUAGUGGUCGUUGUGAAGGAGCUAACUGCGGGGCUUAAGACUUGGGCAGACGUGUCGCGUGCUCACAGAGUCAGAAGGCAAUCUAGGCUUAGAAAUUUACUUAACAAAUUGUGUUUUCCCUGCUGAAUUUACAUAGAAAUCUAAUUUUGUGGUAUUUUGGCUCUA